AUGCAGCUUCGAGCUCCCCUUCUGUGGUUCGUCUCCAAGGAUGCUGCACCCGAUGCCGACAAGUUGCAUCAGACACAGCUCGGUUUUCACCGUAAUGCUUUCCCAGACCCCGGCACACCUGCAGCGCCCGCUUUGUCGACCACAUGCUCUGUCAGCGACUGGUACGCUGCCUGCAUUGCUUCGAUGCAAGCUGGGCGCAUCACCCGCAGAGGAUCGAAACAGUCCGCAUGGAAGGGAAAGCGCAUCAAAUCAAAGGAGGUUCAAGAAGCAGCAAAGUCCCUCAUGAUGACCGUACUCGAUGGUGACGGCUUCAUCCCCGGCCUUUCCACAACAGUCAAGUCGGAAAUUGCCGGUAGCAGCGACGAGGACCAAGACUUCAGUUCAGGUUCCGAAGACGACGAUUGCUCCGACGAGACAUCGACAGCUUCCACUAUCAGCCGGAACCCCAACGCCGAUCCACCUUUGCGCAUGUGGACCGUCUUGCUGCUCGGUGGUGGUCAUUUUGCAGCUUCCGUCAUCGCUCUCAACCCACACGUCACCACGUAUCAAGGCAAACAGCGCGGCGGUUCUAUUGUUCCCAGGGAAGACCGCUCGCUCAUUCUCUUGGCGCACAAGGCCUUCCACCGCUACACUACGCGACGAAAGCAGGGUGGCGGUCAGGCUGCUCAAGAUGCCACGGGUCGGUUCGCAAAGUCGGCGGGUGCCCAACUGCGUCGAUACAACGAAGGUGCUCUCGGAGACGACGUGCGAGGACUCCUCGACUCACCAGGCUGGCGAGAGCUGGUCUCACGCAGCGAAAAAGUCUGGAUACGAGCCGGUGCGCGAGCAGCAAAAGGACUGCUUUGGUCUUGGGAGGGGGCAAAGGCUAGUCGAGGCAGCCCUCUUGAAGCUGCUCGCACCGACGGCCGACUUGGGUCGCUGCCCUUCCCAACCAGGCGUCCCACUAUUGGUGAGACCGUGCGCUGCUUCUUCGAGCUUGCCAAAGUCAAAGUCGAGCACAAGUCGGAAGAACAACUCGCAGCAGAGGAGCAGGAGGCGCUUGAGCAGAUUAACCAAAAAUCGCGCAAGGAGGCCGAAGCCAAGCGAAGGGACGAAAAGGCUAGAGAGAGGGCCACAGACCUGGCAAAGAGUCGCGCAGAGAUGGGUGCUAAGGCGACCCGCCUGACUGAAGAGGAGCAGGCAGAGCGAACAAAGUGGAGCCGACUGCUGGAGAUGAUCCGCAAGAACAGGACCGAGGCACUGAUGACCUUCCUCAGCAAGAACGAGCAGGACAUGUUGCACGGAAAGAUCGACACGCGCCUGCCUGACUGGCUACUGGAGCAGGAAGUCGCCGAAGCUGGCGCAUCCGCGCCUGCGUCGAAGUUGAUCCCAUGCACACUUCUGCAGCUGGCGGCUGAAUCCGGCAGCGAAGCUGUCACGCGCUUUCUCCUCGUAGACAAGCACGCAGAUCCUACGCUUGCUGCCGAACGGCUGGGCGAUUUGCGAAAGCGAUUUGCCGAGCCGAGUGCAACGGCCCAAGCACAAGAAGCACCGGUCGACUCUUUCCAUCGCACCGCCUACGACUUGUGCAGCACCAAAGAGGUGCGCAACGUGUUCCGUAAAAUGAUGGCGGAGCAUCCGGAUCAUUUCGACUGGGGCGGUAUGUCGGCCGGCGGAGCACGCGUCCCAAGUGCAUUGACGGAAGAGAUGCAAGACAACCAGGUGGCAAAGCAGAAAGACCGACGGGCGGCACUGCGCGAGAAGGCGCGCGAGCGUGCCAUCAAGGCAGCCGAGAAAUCGACUUCGAGCACGUCUGCGUCGCAAGAGGAGGAGCGAGUGCAGAGCGCGGCUCAGCAGCAGAAGAGCUCGCACCACUCUACCAACCGUCUCGGAGGCAGCAACACGACACCGAGGGCGCUGUUGCAGCAGAGGGACGAGCAGCAAGGAUUAACGCCAGAGAUGCGGGCCCGAAUCGAGCGCGAGAAGCGUGCCAGAGCAGCGGAAGAGCGCAUGAAGGUUCUUAUGAACAAGUAG